AUGAGAUAUCAGUGCAGUGCAGUGUUACUUCAGGCGUGCCACUGAGUGAGUGAAUUUGCACCUACACACACUAUAGCGAGCACAUAUCAGCUCCUGAAGUCCAAAUUUUGCAACAAUGAUGUCCGAAUGGUCGCAGAACCAGCAGCAAGAGCCGUCGGCCUCGCAGCAGCAGCCGACGAACCCAUCGGGGGUGCCGGCUAGCCACGGCAUGGGCUCGACCUCCGGCGGCCUGUGGGGCAUCCACAUCGACAUCCACCACUUCAUCAGAACCAUCCCAGGCAUCCUGCGGCUGGUGCAGUUCCUCUUCGGCAUCAUCUGCAUCGCGUGCUCGGCGCCGGCCCAAAAAGCCGGCACGCACUGGUUCCUCUUUGUUGUAGUCAUCUCGUUUCUGCUCACCUUCCUCUGGAUCGUCGUCUACUUUUUCACCAUUAAGGACGUCUUCAAGUCCCUCCCGUGGAAUAUGAUUGAAAUGGGAUGUCACGGUGCAUUGUCGGUGCUCUACCUGACAGCCUUCAUCACGCAGCUGUCCAUUUGGUCUCCUCCCGUUCAGUCAGGGGCAGGCGCGAAUUUGGCAGCUGGCAGCUUCGGUCUCUUCAAUUUCAUCCUCUACUGCGCCAGCACAUACUUCGCUUUCGUCGAGUGGAAAGCAGAGCCGAUCAGAAGCUAAUUUUAUGCUCUCGUGAUAUUUUUUACUCAUCAUUUCCAUUGUUUUUGUGAUUCAUUUUUCAUUAAAAUCUAAUUUACAAUUAUUAUAA